AUGUUAUUCCAAUCAGAACCUCUGCUGCCGGCGCAGGAGAGCUUGGAUUGUUCGGGCGAGGAUGAGCUGCAAAGAGAAAGUCCAGUGAAGCGCAGCAACACGACAAAGUUGGGGCUUUCAGAGGCAACUAAGAAAACGGUUCCCGGCAUCGCCACGAGCCAGCAUGUUGCCAUUGUGCUAGAUUCAGACAAAGCCAAUUGUUCAGAGUCAACAGGACAGAAGGGAUCUAUCCUCCGGCCGAGGCUACCAACUCGGGAAAUGCCAGUUUCAACAGAGGUACCGCCUACUUUGGGCAAAGCUACGAGGGCAAUAAAGUCAUCGGAAGAAACCUCGUGUGCAACAGAGAAGAGUUGCCAAAAUGUAAUGCAGCUCCGCGUUCUUGCACUGCACAGGACUAUGGCCAGACUGCGCAGACUCGCGAUUGCUGCGGCAACAGCGGUUUCCUUAAUCCAAUGUCAACCAGAGACAGACACAGACUGGCUCUCCAGGCCCAGGGAGUUUCUACCGGGAGGGGUGCGCUUGGAGAUAGCUGCUGAUGUGGAGGCUUUGUGCGACCGAGCUGCGGCUGCCGGUGGCACCGGAUGGCUGAUCACUCCAGAGAGGUUGGCACAAAAAUGA